AUGGAUCAAGAGCUCCUCCAGCUUCUCUCUGAUACCCAAAACGCCGCCGCAGACACUCGAAAGAACGCUGAGCUACGCCUACAGAGCCUCUAUUCGAACGAGAACUUCCCCCUGUCCCUCGCCUCGAUAGCAUCACAUAGCUCGGUUCCCGUUCCUCUGCGACAGUCUGCUCUCGUUGUUCUGCGUACCUUCAUCAAUUCAGCAUGGUCCUCGCAGCUCGAUGAUUUCAAGGGCCAGGUCCUGGUCAACGACGCGAACAAGGCACAUCUCAGACGCGUUCUGCUCGAGCUAGCUACCUCGCCAGAGCAGGAUGACCGCAAGGUCAAGACCUCAGCCAGUCUGGUCGUCAGCCGCAUCGCCAGUGCUGAUUUCCCGGAAGACUGGCCCGAGAUACUGCCGACGCUGCUGCAGAUUAUCCCCAACAGCACAGAUGUCCAGCUCCACGGCGCCCUGAAGGUCCUGUCCGACCUGGUGGAGACAGGAUUCAGUGAAGAACAGUUCUUCAAGGUGGCUAGAGAGCUGGUGUCGACGGUGUUCAACGUUGCGACUAAUACCUCGCGCAAACCGAUAUUGCGGGCACUUGCCGUUUCGACCUUCAGAGCCUGCUUGGAUACUCUGGAGAUGGUCAUCGAGCAGCACAAGAUCGAGGUCAGACAGUUUAUGGACGAGGCUCUCGAUGGAUGGUUGCCGUUCUUCAUUGCUACCAUCAAGGAGCCGCUCCCAGCCAUGCCCUCAGAGGAGGAGGAGGCCACAGACGCCCCUAUCCCGCAGCAGUGGCGCGGUACUAUUAUGAAAGUCCGAACUGUCCUGCCCGCCUUACUUACAACCAAGAGCACCACACUCUUCCACACCAUCUGGACCGAGUUGACCACCAUCCAAGACGCAUAUCAGCAGCUCUAUAUUCACGACGAGAGACAGGGCCGUCUCGAGGAUGCAGAUAACCUUCCAUACACACUUGACUUUUUGGUUCUGGAGGAACUAGACCUCUUACAAGCCUUGCUUCGCGCACCGCCUGUCAGAAUUGAACUGGAGAACCAGUUAAAGCUUGCUGGAGCUACCGCCUCCUCUUCAAGCUGGUUGCCAGAGAUGAUGAAGCUAGUCGUGUCUUACGCCCAGAUCACCACCGAAGAAGAAGGCCUCUGGGAUAUCGAUGUCAACCUGUACCUUUCCGAGGAAACCUCCGUUACAGCCAACUACACUCCUAGAACCUGCGGUGGUGACCUUGUCAUCAGACUCGGAGAAUGGCUGAAGCGUGCUGCUGUUGACGGCCUACUUUCGUACACCAACUCCCUCUUCGCGGAUCCCAGUACUGGAUGGAAAUACCGUGAAGCUGCUCUGUUUAUUCUCAACCAGCUACUUCGAGACCUCAGUGAUGUGGAUCAAACCAUUUCUGCCGACCUAGCCAGCAGUUUCAACGAGUUCGUCAAGUUUUGCAUCCAGCAGGAUGAGGUUUUCCUUCGUUCCAGAGGCUACCUUGUUGCAGGUAUUCUUGCACAGACUGCCGGAGAAGGAUUCUAUCAAUCCGCAGUGCCGUAUCUUGAAGCCGCUGUCCAGGCUAUUCGAGAUGACCCAUCGGAGGUCGUUAAAGUCUCCUGCAUUCGAGUCCUGCAAGACUUCUUGCCUGCCCUCCCUCAAGCGACGGCAGCACCUUUCCAGGUACCCGUGCUGUCGAUACUUGCAGACUUUAUUUCUAGCCACGACCUUCGUGAUUUCUCCGAAGGAGAUGAUCUUAAAUUCACCUUAGCAGAUACGUUACGCGACACCAUCCUGGUUGACGCUAACAUCGUUCUCACUUCGACUGCAUUGGAUGUCCUUUUCAACAUCGCCAGUGCUGGUGCAGGGAACUUCCAGCUAGCCAUGAUUGUGACCGAAACGUUUGAACAAAUCGUCCAGCACAUCGCUGCUCAGGGAUCGGAUGCGUAUGUUAGCUUGUGCGAGAAAGUACUUCCUCCUUUGACUGGCGCUCUUGAUGUUGGAAAUAUUACACAGGAGAAUUCGUUGACAAACUUGGCCACCGACCUUUUACGAGCUCUUGCUGAAAAUGGUCUGCAGCCGCUCCCACAGGGACUGAUUGCAACUGUAAUGCCAAAGUUGAAUCGCCUGCUGCUCGGAUCUGGUGAUAGUGAACUUCUUCCCUCCGCAACCCUAGCCGUCAAGCAUAUGCUGGAGCGUGAUCCAAAUCAGUUCUUUGCCUGGCAAGACCCACAGACCGGAAAGGGUGCAAUCGAAACAGUUUUGUUUAUUAUCGACCGUCUCCUUGGCUCUGCAGUGGACGAUAAUGCUGCAUCCGAGGUCGGCGAGCUUGCCGCAGAGUUGGUCGAGAAGGCCGGUGCAGAGAAGCUAGGCCCAUACCUACCUCAGCUUCUACGCGCUGUUGCCCAGCGACUGGCCACUGCGGAAAAGGCCCAGCUGAUUCAAAGCCUUAUCCUUGUCUUCGCUCGCUUAUCCCUCGUCAAUACCCGAGACGUCAUUGACUUCCUCGCCCAGCUCGACAUCAACGGUCAAUCUGGUCUCCAUGUCGUCUUGGCUAAAUGGCUCGAGAACUCCGUCACUUUCGCCGGAUACGACGAGAUUAGACAGAAUGUUAUUGCUCUAUCUAAACUCUACCAACUUGACGACCCCCGUAUCGCGGAAAUACAAGUCAAAGGCGAGCUCAUCAUUCAAGAUACAGGCAGAAUCAAGACCCGGUCUCAAUCCCGCAAGAACCCAGAUCGAUAUACCAUUAUCCCGGCGCCGUUGAAAAUUAUCAAAGUCCUUAUUGAAGAGCUGUCUUCCGCAUCGGGGGCUAGAGAUAUCCGAGGCGCUGCCGGCCUCUCAGGAAACCAACUGGAAGAUCUCGAAAGCGACGAUGAGAACGAUGACUGGGAAGACCUCCCAACUAAAAAUGACUUCCUGGAUUUGGGCCUCGGCAUCACGAAGCAGGAGUUGAUGAGCUACGGCGCUGAAGGAGAUGCUGGAGCACUCGCUACACGACAGAGAGAUGACGAGACACAGGCGUUUUUGACACAGUUCUUCACCGAAACUGCUUCUACACCUAGAUUCCAGGAGAUUUUCUCUGCGCUCACUCCAGCUGAACAAGGCAGACUACAGAGCUUGUCCUCUUGA